GUAACUCUCUCUUUGACUAGAGUGUGUUUGUUGCACGGUGCUUUGCCUGGUGUGUGGAGCCUAAACUGUGUUCCCUUUCCCGUGGGCGGCCACAAAAACGGCUUUCGUGACAAACCCGGUAACUGUCGACUAACUCGGCUGCUCUCGCUUGCAAGCAAGUUCGCCAUCGGUGGUUUCCGCAGGCUGGUCGAGUGUGACCGCGGUCACAAAAGGAGUCUUCAGCAAAACGUCACAGUUGACGCGUUCAGCAAAAAGCGUCACCAAACACCACUUUGAGAAACAAAGACAAACACUUCGAGCGGUGCUUCGGGAAGUUGCUUAUUCGUGUCCGCGAGAAUUGCGAGCAACAAUUUUAUCGUCGUCCCGCAUUGGAACGAAGCAGUCGACGGCCGUGAGACGCAGGCAACAAGUGGCCCUCUCUGUGGAACCACGAAUUCGUAUUGCAUCGCAUCUUUGAGCGGGUGCCCAUCGUAGUUCGACUCUGUGGUGACAACGGCGAAGAAUCGCGUUUCGUUUUCCCCGAGCAGUGAUAUAAACGACGGACGCAUCAGAAGGCAUCGUCGAGAACAACGUCUUAUGUUCGAGGGUGUUGGAAAGUGCUUCAUUGUGGAUUAGCCUUGUGCGACAUCUAACGCGACUAAAGUGCAAAAAGGAAAAAAGAGUAAUUUUUCUCCACUAUAUUUUUGUGUCGCAACGGGCAACAUCCUCAAACAACCGAAGAGAGGAAAGAAUCGACUCCAAAGGUGAGACCCAUAAAGAGGAGAGAGGAUCAAGAGACGUCACCGUGUCCACGUCGUCCAUCAGCGGUGAAGCCACAGUGAAAGCCGCUGAAGCAAUAACACUGUUACCUGUCUUCAUCACGAUCCCACCUCGCCACCUGUUGUGAGGAGAGAGAGACGGCAGAGCGCCCCUUAUGCGGCCGCCCCCGAAAGCAGCAGCGACGCAGCAUCAUCAGCAUCAGGAGCCCCAUCGAGAGCGACAGCAGCAUCAGCACCGGCGUCAUCGGCAUCGUCAGCACCGCCAGCGUCGGGUCCAGGGCCCAUCGGCCCACAGGGCCCCGUGAAAGGCCACCACCAUAUUCCCGAGGACGCCCAGCUCGCCGCAUGUGCUGCAGCUGGCGUCGGCUGCGGCCGCCGCCGGCUCGCCGCCGCCGUCGGCCGUGCCCGCGAGUGCGGCCACGCUGGCGGGAGUGGGCAGCCUGGCCGCGGGGGCGGCGCCCGGCGCAGCGGGCUCCCCCGCCACGCUGCCGCUGGCCGCCGACGAUCGGGGCAAGCUGCUGGCCGUGGCCGGCAUGCCCGUGAGCCCCAAAGGAGGACGCCGGCGCUCCGUCAUCGCCGAGCUGGUCAACCCGGGCGGGGGAGACAAGCUUCGCACACGGCCCGCCACGCCUUUGGAGGCGAACCCGAUCUCCCAGUUCUACGAGAUCGGUCGCCAGACCGCCUCAGCGGGACCCGAGCUCAUAUGGAAGAUCUACGACGCUCAGCGCAAGUCUGACAAGAGGGAGGCGUCGGUGUUUGUGUUCGAGAAGCGCGUCGCCGAAAAGCUGCACAAGCCCAAACGCAAGGAGACUGUGACCGAGAUCCUUCGCUUCAGUGUGAGGCAGCUGGAUCGCUUCAAGCACCCCAAAUUGCUCACCAUCUACCACCCCAUCGAGGAGGCCAGUGAAACGCUGGCGUUCGCCACGGAACCAGUUCUGGGUAGCCUUGCGAACAUCCUCAACUGCCUCGAGGAUCGCCUGCCGCAAUGUUUGCCGCAGGAAGUCAGGGACUACCAGUUUCUGGACAUCGAGAUCAAGUACGGACUCCUACAGCUCACGGAAGCGCUGUCGUUCCUUCACUACUCGUGCAAGCUGAUCCACCGGAACCUCUGCCCUCAGUCGGUGAUCGUCAACAAGCGUGGAACAUGGAAGCUGGCUGGCCUCGAAUUCACCGAGAAGUGCAGCGACACCGACCUGUUGAGUCCGGUGAACUGCCAGCCGUUCACGUCGAAGCUGCCCAAGAUGGGUCAGCCGGAUCUGGACUACACGGCCCCCGAGAUCCAGGCCACGUCGACGUGUUCUCCGCUUUCGGACAUGUUCUCGCUGGGCCUGGUCAUCUGCGCUCUGUUCAACAAUGGACGCUCGAUCAUCGAGGGGAACCUCUCCACCACCACUUACAACAAGCAGCUCGAAGUGCUCGAAGGCAGCUUGCACAACCUUUUGGACCGGGUGCCCCACCACCUCCAGGAGCCCCUGCAGGGACUGUUGCAGGUGGACCCCAGGCGGAGGCCCAACGCUCAAAACUUCUCCAUGAUCAAGUACUUUAUGGAUCCAGCUGUGCACGGACUACAGUACCUGGACGUUAUCCAGAUGAAGGACUCGACGCAUAAAUCCCAUUUCUACCACAACCUCAAGACGGCGCUGCCAAACAUACCAAAGAAACUCUGGUGGCAGCAUGUGCUCCCUUCGCUCAAGAUGGAGCUGCAGUCUCCCGAAGUGCUGGCGGCUGCCCUGCAGCCGCUGCUCUUCAUCAUCGAGGAGAGCACCGUGGACGAGUAUCAGACCAUCAUCUUGCCCAUCUUUCGCAGCGUCUUCGGCAUGCCCAAGUCUGUUCAGGCGACGGUAACGCUACUGGAGAAUCUCGACGUCCUGAUGAAGAAGACCCCCAAGACGGACAUCAAGGCGGACGUUCUUCCGAUGCUGUACAACUCGUUUGAUUCUACCACCCCGCAGAUACAGUGUGCAGCGAUGCACGCGAUAGCACAAAUUGCCGACUAUCUCGAAGAGAGCGCUGUGCGCAAAAUGGUGCUGCCGAGGACGAAGCAAGCUUUCGAGAACAACUCCGGAAUCAAGGUGCAGGCAAACGCUCUGACCUGCAUCGAAAAGAUCAUCGACAAGCUCGAGAAGACAGACAUCUUAGAUGAAGUCCUGCCCAUGUUGGGAAAGGCCAAGCUCCAGGACCCGGCGAUACUCAUGCCGGUUGUCCGGAUCUACAAGCACAUGCUGAGCGACAAGCGAUACGGACUAACGGUCAACCUUCUCGCCACCAAAGUGAUGCCAGCCCUUAUACCCGUCGUAGUCAGUCCAGCCCUGAAGCUAGAUCAGUUCACGAGUCUUAUAGAAUUACUCCAAGAAAUGCUCGAACACGUCUCUAAAAGCCAGCGAAACAAGCUCAAGUUGGAAAAGCUGUCGAUACCUUCGACGGACAUUGAAGCGACGCCGGACGAGGCACAACAACACCGGGUCGUGAGUCCGCCGGAUAGGCUGCCCGUGCAGACGCCCUACAACAUGGAGCAGCCAACAGGUUACCCUCACCGCCCACCUUCACUCCGCCUAGAGUCCCGACGGACGUCCAUCAGCAUGGACGACGUCGUCCGCAGGACCUGCAGUUCAGCUUCGUCGUCGCCAGACUCGAACCUGCUGCGCGUUCAGGCCACGCUCCCUGGGCGGAGGCACUCGGACAACACGAUCCAGCCCCCGAGGAUCCUGGUGGCCCCCUGUUCGCCCGAGGGCACCGUCAGCUAUACCCCGGGGGGCCUCCCCGUUCGCAGGCAUUCCAGUGUCGGGACGCAGGACUCGCGUUUUUCGGGAUUCUUCAGUUCGCCCAAGAUGGCGAGCCCCAACCUGGGCGUGGACUUCUUCAGCUCGAGCAGAGCCAACGUAAGGCGGUACUCCGCCGCUGCAGUGUGCGGCGCUGCAGGACUGCCCAACGCCGCCAACCAGGCUUCAAGCUUUCUGCAGCAGAUUGGCUCUGGUGUCCAUCUGCCAGUGCCGCUGCCAAGGGCCUCGUCGCCGACGGCGUCGCCCCACCACUCUCCGCGGUCGCCCCUGUCACCGCGCUCCUUGUCGCCGAGGUCGCCCCUCUCGCCACGCUCCCCGGCGUCGUCCAGGUCUCCGUCGUCGCGGUCUCCGUCGCUUCGGUCUUCGCCGCCCAGGACCUCGCCGGCGGUCUCGAGGUCGCCCUCGCCUCGGGCCUCGAGGAGACUCCUACCACAGCCCAGGAUCCCCUCGCCGGCCGUGGGCAACCCCACGCAGGCGUGAGCGCGACGAACGCUGGGUUUGUGACCCCCCCCCGUUUCUUCGUUUCCCUCGCUGCUACUGGUCUCAAGCAGCGAACCACUGACUACGCCGCUUCCAACAGCCAUAAAGGUGUGGGCUAUGUACGAUAGCGCAUUUGGAUCACACUUUGAGGCGAGCUCAACUGCGUCCUCAAUGGCUCAAUGUGGAAUGGCAGCUAGCUUCUAACCAAAUGGUUAACUACUCAAACCUUUUUAUAACGAAGCCGAAGCUGACACAGAAAUAACUUCGUUAUAUCUGAAAAUUUGUUAUAAACGUAUAUGCACAACACUGGAUCUAUUACAAGACUAUUCAUCAUUUACUUCGUUAUAACCGAUAAUUCUUUAAAUCCGUGUUCGUUAUAUAGAGGUUUGAGGGUAUUCCAUUGUCUAAGCGUUACGUACGUUCUGUCUCAGAAGAUCCUACGUCUUGACGUUGUAGUUGUCUGAGCGAACACAAGGCUACGUGUCAGCGCUGCUGUCGCUGUUCUUGGCUUGCUUUGUAGUCACUAAAAGCCUAGCCGCUCCAAUGGUCCCGAAAAAACAGCCAGAAGCUGGGACCCUGGCGCCACCAGAAGUCACAUGCCUGUCUCUGUUGUACCAGCGUCAAAUCGGGGAACUUUUGAGGCGAACUGUAGUUUUAUUAGCCGCCCUAUUCUGUUGGCCCAACGUAUGUUGCGUUCCUUGUCGAAGCGAGCCGAAGUCUACUUCUUUUCGCCUACGUGGAAGUGUUUAGCCCAGCUAUAAAGGUGCUUGUGACUCCUGCAGAUUGUCUUGUUCCAGCGGGAGAUAGCUGUCAAAGGCUUUGGAUUGUUGAGCUUGACGUAACUGUUAAAGGCGAACUUAGAUUGACUCCUUGUCAAGUGAUGACGCGGGUACCUUCAUUAAGUCAGCGUUUUACGUUAACCGAGCUAUCCUUAACGCGAAGCUCGCUUGACAUUGUGCAGUGCAGUUCAUGAUCAAAUGCGUGAAGGUUAGAGUUGAACACCAACAAGUUGUUCACAAAUUUCUUCUUGUUACACUUAAAGUGUGUCAGUACCAUCACUGUAUGUCAUGCUUUCUUACAUUUUGAUUUCUGCUGAUCUUUGUGCAGUGUAUUAGUUUAAGUCAAACGCCAUGGUCGUGAAGAAGUGUGUCCAGGAUCACAUGGAUAGUUAAGGAUGUUGCUUUAGCAAGGACGGCUUAACCAUCACGCUCUUUUCACAAGCAAAGAAAGCGCACAUCUCAUUUACGCAAUUAUCGGGAUUCACGGUAUUUGGCAAUGUUUGACACGCCGCUGGGUUUUUGUUGCAAUAUGAUAACCUGGUUACAGUGACUUCAAGCUGAACUUGGAUACAAACAACCUUAAGUGCGAGAUUCAUGUGCAGCGGAUAUCCUUUCUAGCUUGUAAACACCUGAUGAUACUCAAGUAGCAGCGCUUGUGAGAACACUCCUCACAGUGCUCACUUCUAGGAGUCGAGAUCUUGCAGCCUGAUUGUUCACCAUCCUGCUUUGGGUGGGUUGCACAUGAAGUAGCGAGUUAUAUUAUAGGUCGGUUCAGUCUCCAGCCUUAAUGUCUUUUGAAAGGCUCAGCUGUCGAUCUUUUCAUCUCCCUGUUAUUCGCAACGCUGGCCUCGAGUGCCACUCGUUGUUUUAUAUGCCCAACAGCAAACAAAAAAAAAAACAUAUGGGUUACCAGUAUGACUACAGUGACGAAACAAAAAACACUCACAGGGUCUCAUAACAGCGACUGACAUCGAUACCGUUCCUCUACAAUGUGUUGCGCUUGGAGCUAUAAAUAUAUUGUGGCCUAAAAAACUACCAGGGUGCGUAUUCUUCGUUGUCACGGCCCUCCUAUCAACACCGCGACAGCCGUCUUACACACAAAACAAUGAAUGCACAGGCCUAUAUAAACAACCACUAGAAUCUGUUGAAAGCUUCAACACUUCCUUACAUGUGACCGAAGUGAACGCUGUUGUGACCAUUCCUUUUUGCGUAAACGGCUCGUAAUAGAGAGCGAGCUUCGUUUAAGCCGUGAUGUGCACAGCCGUAACAUACGACUAGGCAUGUUCUCAGGGUGAACAAGGUAGUAUCUACAAAUCCACGUUUUCACACACUGUUCUCGCAGGAGAACGCUACCCUCAAUUGCUUAAUGACUACGAAUCACGCAUCUCGCUGCUAACUGCUCCAAUUAGUGGACAGCUUUCAGCCAACGUACGUGGCGAGGUCUAUUUCUUGGUCCGGUAAUACGCCGUCAGUUUAAA